AUGUCGCUGUCCGGAAUGGCCAUCCGCAAACUGAUCACAAAGGGAGUGAUCCCGGUGUGUCAGGUCGCGCCGCUCUCCACCUCCGCCGACGGAUCCACCAAUCUGAAGGAGGUGCUCGCCAAAAAGAUCCCGGCGCACAACGCGAAAGUCAAGUCGUUCCGCGCCGAGCACGCCUCCACCGUUGUCCAGAAUGUCACCAUUGACAUGGUAAGCGAAAGCGACUUUUAUGACUGCUUUAUCAUAAAAAUCCUCUUCUUUUUAGAUCUACGGAGGAAUGAGAAGCAUGAAGGGAAUGGUCACGGAGACUUCAGUGCUGGACCCGGAAGAGGGAAUCCGUUUCCGCGGCUACUCGAUCCCAGAAUGCCAGAAGCUGCUGCCGAAGGCCAAGGGAGGCGAGGAGCCGAUCCCCGAAGGCAUCUGGUGGCUCCUCUGUACCGGAGACGUGCCGACCGAGGCCCAAACGUCCGCCAUCACGAAAGAGUGGAACGCGCGCGCGGAUCUGCCGGCGCACGUCGUCCGCAUGCUCGACAACUUCCCGGACAACCUGCACCCGAUGGCACAGUUCAUCGCCGCCAUCGCCGCACUCAACAACGAGAGCAAGUUCGCCGGAGCCUACGCUCGUGGAGUCGCCAAGUCCGCCUACUGGGAGUACGCUUAUGAGGUGAAUUUAAAGAAGAUUCACAAUAUUUACAAGUAAUUUUUGUAGGAUUCGAUGGAUCUUCUCGCCAAGCUGCCGACAGUUGCCGCGAUGAUCUACCGCAACCUGUACCGCGACGGAUCCGCCGUCAACGUGAUCGACCCGAAGAAGGAUUGGUCGGCGAACUUCUCGUCGAUGCUCGGCUACGACGACCCGCUGUUCGCCGAGCUGAUGCGUCUUUACCUGGUGAUCCACUCGGACCACGAGGGAGGAAACGUCUCCGCCCACACUUCUCACUUGGUCGGCUCUGCGCUCUCAGAUCCGUACCUUUCGUUCUCGGCCGCCAUGGCCGGACUGGCGGGACCACUCCACGGACUCGCCAACCAGGAGGUGCUCGUCUUCCUCAACAAGAUCGUCGGCGAGAUCGGCUUCAACUACACGGAGCAGCAGCUCAAGGACUGGGUGUGGAAGCACCUGAAGAGCGGACAAGUGGUGCCGGGAUACGGACACGCGGUGCUGAGAAAGACGGACCCGAGAUACGAGUGCCAGCGCGAGUUCGCCCUCAAGCAUCUGCCGAACGACGACCUGUUCAAGCUGGUGUCGAACCUGUACAAGAUCACGCCAGGAAUCCUUUUGGAGCAAGGAAAGGCGAAGAACCCGUGGCCGAACGUGGACUCGCACUCGGGAGUGCUCCUCCAGUACUUCGGCAUGACCGAGAUGUCGUUCUACACGGUGUUGUUCGGAGUGUCGCGAGCGCUCGGAUGUCUCUCGCAGCUCAUCUGGGCCCGCGGAAUGGGACUGCCGCUCGAGCGCCCGAAGUCCCACUCGACCGAGGGACUCAUCAAGCUCGCUCAGGCCGCCAAGAACAAGUAA